AUGCAGCUGGCCAGCGUCGAGGAUUGGUUUAGGGCCGUAUCGAACAGGGAGUACCGCCUUGUUUCCACCAACCUAUUCCAGUAUAAGCAGUCUCGAGACAGCAAGGGAGAGACUGCGCUUAUGUGGGCGGCGCGCCACGGCGACUUGGAGCUUGUCCACAUACUGGCCCCAGCCGAGCAUGCAAUGGUCAACAGCGAGGGCUACACAUCUAUUAUGCUUGCGGCGGCCGGAAACCACUACGAGAUAUGUAAGAUAUUGGCUCCCUUUGAGGCUCGCGACACACUUCCAGAUGGCAGGACUGCCCUUAUGUUAGCAGCAGAGGCGGGCUCGCUGGAAUCAGUACAGGUGUUGGUACGUUAUAAUAGAUUCAGUUUUGACAAGCGAGGACGAACAGCAUUGACAAUAGCCGCGGAAAAUAAUCGGAUUGAUUGUGUUAUAGAGCUCCUAGAUGGCGUUCAUGGGCGAUACUGCUAUGAUUCUAGGAUGGCCUUGAUCAUAGCAGCCGAGAAGCAUUAUGAGGAGCUGGCUAAGCUUCUUGCGGAUUAUAUUUCCGAGGCUCAACCAAAUUUACUGCAGGAGCAUGCGCCGGUAGGCGAAAAGGACGACUCCAAUCUGCUUAGUAUGGAUACGUCGAACAUCGUGGUGGACGUGCAGUCAGAUUUUGCAGAAUUAAGAAAGCUACUUAAGCUGUACAAGGAAGAGGCAGCUGCUAAGGAUCUAGCGCUUCUAAAUAUGAACUCUCUUCUAGUGGAGGCCGAUACAACAGACGCUCGCAGUGCAAACCAGUCUCUUAGCGAGGCAUCUAGACUGUCAAGCUCUCUUGUCACUAGAACGGGCUUAUUUGAUAGUGGGGGUCCAGGCAACUCCCCUGGCUCCAUUAUUGGUAUGGGGAGGGCUGCCAAUCUUGAGAGGCUUCUACGGGACGUCCCCCAGCCUUACCAAAACGCACUCAUGACCGCCUCCCUAACUCGAAUGUAUGAGAGCGAUGACUGCAUGACUGCAAUGAUGGGGGCAGCAUACCUUGGCCACGUGGCUGUUGUGGAGGCCCUAAUGGACACUGAGGCUGCUCGCCGAAACAAGACGGGGCAUACGGCUUUAAUGAUCGCAAUUCAAUAUGAUCACCAGAAGGUCGCUGAAUUACUGAUACCCCUCGAGUUUGGUAUUGUCGACAAUGAAGGCUGGACAGCCCUUAUGCUGGCGGCCCAACGCGGGAAUAUCCAUUUGGUGACUCAACUUAUCGAUCACGAAGCUGGCGCCCAAGCAAAUGAUGGGUGGACAGCUUUGAUGAGUGCUGCGUUUAAUGGACACUUAGAAUGUACCCGGAUUCUGGCUUCUGUCGAAGGAGGAAUCGUGGACUAUCAUGGGAAAAGUGCAUCCCAAUAUGCACAGGAAGCAGGCCACACUGAGAUAGCCCGUCUUCUUCUGGAUAUGACUGGGAUAUGA